UCUCCUCUCCAUAUGGGAUGUAUAGAUGGCAGAGAUCCACAUGGUGUACGUCAGCGCUUUGCUCCUGGCCUUCUUUUCACAGUUUCAGAACGCAGGCCUCCUCAGCUCGCCGCUGGUCAGCCUCCUGAUUGGCACAUGGGUUGCCAGGAACUACCAGCAAAAGAUGAAGACGGGCCCUUUUCUGUCCAGAGUGAUGAAGCUCUUCGUAUAUUUCCACCUAGUCUUUACCACAGGGAUCACCUUCAGUUAUCUGGUCAAGAAAGUCGUUCAAGGAGAUGAGAGUGACUUCUUCUUGAAAUUCCUUGAAGUCAAAUUUGGGCUCAACACAACGACUGACUUUAUCACCAAUUUCCUCCUGUGCCAAGAGAGUUUCCAGGUCCCGGGUCAGGACUUAUUUCUGCGCCUGACGCAGGCCUCAGUCCUUCCCUUCUACUUACUGGUGCUCACUGUGUGCCUGCUGUCCACCCUUCAGACCAUUUACAGGAGACUCAGUGGGCUGCCGAUGAAAACCAACCUCAAACUUGAAGAUGGGCGAAUAGGAGAGCAGCCCGAGGUCAUCUAUCAUGUUUUUCACACGUUGAUUUUUGGAGGCCUGGCUCUUCUGUUUGAUGGGAUGAAAUAUUUAUGGACCCCGUACGUCUGCAUGUUCACAGCGUUCGGUGUGUGUUCUCCGGAACUCUGGAUGACUGUGUUUAGGUGGCUCAAACUCAAGUCCAUCCACCCUGUAGUUCUGUCUCUCAUCCUGAGCACAGCGGUUCCUACCAUCAUUGGUUUCAGUUUGUGGAGAGAGUACUGCCCUCGUGUCUUAGCAGAGCUGUCAGAAGUGCAGGAGUUUUACGAUCCAGAUAAAGUGGAGCUGAUCAGCUGGAUCAAGUCACAGGCUCCAGCAGCGGCGGUCUUUGCCGGCAGCCCUCAGCUGUUGGGAACCGUGAAGUUGUGUUCAGGUGCAACCGUGACCAGUUUACCGCUUUAUACAGAUAUCAAGCUGCUGAGGAGGACUGAAGACACUUACCAGGUGUAUGCAAUGAGAUCUGCAGAGGACAUUUAUAAGAUUCUGACUUCUCAGAAGGCUAACUAUGUGAUCAUCGAAGAGUCCAUUUGUAACGAGCUGAGUGUUAAUAAAGACUGUAGGAUCAAAGAUCUGCUUGAUAUUUCCAAUGGACACGUGGUUUAUGACAAAGGAGAGGUUUACUCGUUCUCCAAGCACGGAAGAUUCUGCCAAGAGAUAAAGAUGAACUACUCGCCUUACACCAACUACUUUACCCGGGUCUUCUGGAACCGCUCGUACCACGUGUACAAAGUGAACUCUGUCAUCUCCUUUCAGUACUGAGAGCAGCUCCACCUUCCUGCUGAGACUCAACUGAGCCUGACUCUGCCCUUCUCCAGUGUUCCUUGUCCAAAAAACAAAGGACUCUGGGAAAAUGUCUUAUCACUGGUACUUUCCACAUCCUGGCGAUGGUGAUGAUGCAAAUUCAGACAUACAUAUUGUCCUGGUUUUGGCCUACGCAUUGUUAAAAUCAACAUGAAAUGUCUCAUUUUAGGAUAAAAUAUGCCAUCAAUCAAGCCAUGUGUUACUGCAAUGUAUUUAAUGAAGGGAGAGUUUAAUAUGUGAGUUGUGUGCUCACGUUGUACAGAAGCUGAGAGCAGGUGUGGUUGAUGAGAUUUUGCAAAAGGGAAGUGAUAAAGUAAAAGUGAGCAAUGUUAAAGAACAUUAGCCCGUGAAUAUAUAUUUGCAGCUCGUUAGCAAACCUUAGGAAGAUGAAAAAGUUGUGAUAUCACAUUUGAAGUGUAAAGCUGCUUCAAAGAAAAGAAAGAUGAACAAUUGUGGAGAGACAGUUUGUUUUUAAUGUGUCUUAUGUGCUCUGCUUUUCCCAUUUUAAACAGGCUUUCUUUUCAAAUCCCCCUCGUUUUAUGUGAACUCAUAUUUUGAUUGAUUGAACAUGCAUGGACAAAGGCACAACAUGUGUGAACUUUCUUCCAGCCUUAAAGUGAAGUGGAUGCUGGUUCUGAAAAUACUCAUUUCCAACGCUUUGUGUCAUCAUACUCUUCAUCUGGAUGCCUUAUUUUGAGAUGUAUGACCUGACUGACUGUUUACCCAUCACAGUUUAAGUUAAGCCUCAGCCUGACCAUUUCACCUCCUCUGGUUCUUACCUAAAGUAUUUGGUGGUUAUUUCCUCUGAUGCAAUAAUGCAAUUCGUACCAAUGACUGUCCCUCUGCAAAAGGCCUAGCAGUAAAUAUUAGUUGUUUUUUUGGAUUAUGGAAAAUAAAGUGUGUAUGAGUUGUUAAAUACAAA